UCAUAAUGCUUGGCUUAAUGAAACGGAAUUAGUAGAACGUCAAUGGGUUGCACGAGCUCGAAUAAUGAUUACUGGAUAUAUAUUUGAUUUUCAAAAAUUUCUGCUACUGUUUAGUGUCAUCGCCUACAUUAAUGCUCAAACCACCACUCAACCAGUAACAGGACCAAUAUCCUGCAAUGCCACCGCAAACUAUUCCGCAGCCGCGUGUGAUCAAUACUACGAAUGCGUGCAAGUGUUCUGGCUUUACUACGUGGUAUUGCAAACUUGUCCUUCGGGACAAGCGUACAAUUCUACAUCUCAACUGUGCGAAGACAAGCAGACCUGUGUCAACGCCACUACCGCGACCACAACUAGCUUUGCCACUGCUACUACAUCUACUGAUAACCCAGUUACUGCACCCGCAUCUUGUUCAACGGACGGUACUCUUUACCCUUCUUCGAUAUGCAAUCAGUAUUAUCAGUGCGUAAGGGUUCUAUGGUUGUUCUAUGUGGUGCAGCAGACAUGUCCCGCGGGACAGUCUUUCAAUUCUACUGCGUGUGAAGUGGAUACCAACUGUAUUGUGUAACUUUAUGGAGAAAAAUUAUUGAACUGGAAAAUUAUUGAAAUCCUGCAAACAUAUUUUUAUAUUGUCUUUAAGGCAACAAUUUCGUAGAUAAUAAAACAUAUCA